AUGUUAGCCUCAAAGUCGCCCUACCCCACGCCCUCCCUGGGCGGUUCCAGCUCACAGGCCUCGGCCCAGUACAACUCGAGCAUAUCCAGCUACCGCAACCACACCUCGAAUGCACGAGCAGACCACUCCAUGUUUGCCUCGCCCACCGAAUCAGAGUUCUCCGAGAUAUACGACGCCCCAGACGCCGUCAGGCACUGGGACGAAGACAAGGUUGCAGACUGGCUGAAGCGAAUCAACUGCAGCCAAUAUGUCGACCUCUUCAAGUACAACCACAUCAACGGCGAAAACCUCAUGGAGAUGGACCAGGUCCAGCUCAAGGACAUGGGCAUCAAGAAAGUUGGCGACCGUGUCCGCAUCGGCUCGCAGGCCAAGCAACUGCGCAACAAGGAGUACAAAAAGGCCUCAAGACGGACGUCGAAUAGGGACAAUCGUGGCCUGAGAAGUGCACGGAAUGGAAGCCUGAACAGCCCCAAAGAGCCUGGAAAGACCCCGUAUGGUGCGCACCCACUGAGUGCCUCCACCGCAAAUGUGUCGUCUCGCUUCGCACAGCCCCAACGAACGACUCCGACCGAGACUCCCCAGACCGCUAGAUUCGCCCACCACGUUCGCGGUGCUCCGAGUCUCGACAGCGCUACAAACAGCCAAAUUCUGCCGCAAGACAAAGCCCUCGUACGUGUCAUCUUCGACGGUGGCCGGACCUCUGUGGUGAACAUUGAGGGAUGCAAGACUGCCGAGGAGGUCAUGCUCAAGACCCUAAGAAAGGGACAUCUCAAUGAGGCACAAGUGCGAAACUACUGCUUCUACAUCCUUAACAGUGGCGAGCCGGAUCCAUCGUUGUCAGAACGCCUGAGCGACAUAGAGCUCUUCCGGUUGUGCAAGGACGCGAAUCGACAUGAACGAGGACGACUCAUCCUCCGAAAGGUCCACGCUGGGGAGCCUGACGACGAUCAGCUGAAGGCAGCGGCUGCCAUAUACAAUCAGCAGAACUUUCAACAGACGCAGACCGUAUACUUGCCGUCAAGUAACCGGAGCCAGAGCAAGAUCGAAAAGUUGACAGGAGAGUCUCUUGCUGCUGUCAGCUACCCGCUCUCUCCCUCAUCAGCGAGAGAACGAGAACGGCACAUCAACUCGACUGCCCAAAACCUCGAGGGGCCGGCAGGAAAGUCUCUGAAAUCACCACAGUUCCAGGCUCGAGAACGCAAGCUCAAGCAGUUCUACGGCGCCAGGCCACCCAGUGAACUCAUCACUUCCGACCUGACAUCAUACUUUCCAGAUGUUGGAAAGGACGAGAUCGACAAGACGGUCCGCAUGUCCAUCCGCCGAUCGCGUCGAUUAAGUAGGGCUGCGUCGCGUCUCUCGAUGGCUUCCAAUUUCAGUGUUGCAUCAAGCUUGAAAGAUGCUCCACCUCUACCAUCUAUUGCAGACAGCUGGCUCGCAGGUGGCAGUAAUGCCCGUCCCCUGCGACCAUUGUCGGUUAUGCGACUUGGCCUACCCUCCCAGUCAAACUACCGCGACUCGAUGGCAUCGUCCGUACUGGAGCCACUUGACGAAGAGUCGCCCCUCGAGCCAAAUAGGAAAUCUUACGUCUCCUUCGGUGACGGCAGUGGUUCGGAUACCCUCGCUGUCACUGACCCUGAUGGCAACACCACCUUACAGUCUUAUUUCGACGAUGGUCAGAGCAGUCUUACGGGAAGCAGUACCAGCAACACCGAAAAUGGCGAUUCGCUCAACAAACGCCUGUCCGAGGCUAUUGCCGAGGAUGACGAAGAGGACGAUGAUGAGCUGACCGAAUAUCUCGAGCAAGAUUCGUGGGACAACGUCAAGUAUAUGAAGGGAGCACUUAUUGGACAAGGUUCUUUCGGUAGCGUGUAUCUCGCUCUACAUGCUGUUACCGGUGAACUCAUGGCUGUCAAGCAGGUCGAGUUGCCUUCCGUAAUCGGCACCUCCCAGAUGGACCACAGGAAGACGAACAUGGUUGAAGCUCUCAAGCAUGAGAUUGGACUGCUACGAGAGCUCAAACACAACAAUAUCGUGCAGUACCUCGGCUCGAACUCAGACGAAAGCCACCUCAACAUUUUCCUGGAGUACGUUCCUGGUGGUUCCGUUGCUACCAUGCUCAUCAACUACGGCCCACUGGGCGAGUCGCUCAUCCAGAACUUUGUACGCCAGAUUCUGCAAGGUCUAUCUUACCUUCACUCGAGCGAUAUUAUUCACCGAGAUAUCAAGGGUGCCAACAUUCUUGUCGACAACAAGGGUUCAGUCAAGAUUUCUGAUUUUGGUAUUUCCAAGCGCAUCGAAGCAUCUACUCUCGGUGGCAGCAAGAAGGGGGCUCAACGCGUUUCGCUACAAGGGUCGGUCUUCUGGAUGGCGCCGGAAGUCGUUCGUCAGACCGCCUAUACUCGGAAAGCGGACAUCUGGUCACUCGGUUGUCUCGUCGUGGAGAUGUUCACCGGUAGCCACCCGCACCCGAACUGCACCCAGCUCCAGGCGAUCUUCAAGAUUGGUGGAAGUGGCGACGCGAGUCCUACAAUCCCCGAGAACGCAGGCGAUGAUGCCCGGGCCUUCCUGGCACAAACCUUCCUCAUCGACCACGAGAAGCGACCCAGCGCCGAUGCAUUACUGGACAGCCCAUUCAUCAAGAACCAAGGCGCUGCUUAG